UUGCACUCAGAACACCACCUUGGGCUAUAAACACAGCCUGGGCCUCCCAGCCUCCAAUAAGCUUCUUCUCCAAGUGCAUCAAGUGCAUCUUCUCUCCUUGCCUGGACCUCAGCUCACCUCUGCUGGAAAUGGACCCCAACUGCUCCUGCUCCACUGCUGGUUCCUGCAGCUGUGCUGGCUCCUGCAAGUGCAAGGACUGCAAAUGCACCUCCUGCAAGAAAAGUUGCUGUGCCUGCUGCCCCACGGACUGUGCCAAGUGUGCCCAGGGCUGUGUGUGUAAGGGGGCGUCCAACAAGUGCAGCUGCUGUGCCUGAACCUGGGGAUCCAGCUUCCAAAUGUAAACAGAACGAAAUGUCCAAGCCUGUAUUUUUACAUGACUUCCCAGACCAUUUUUCUACCUUUGUUUUCUAUGAGACAUGCGAACUAUUAAAAACAUUGAUUUUUUUUUU